CUGCGGGUCCCGCGGAGCCGCCGCCGCACCCGGCCCCGCCCCGGCCCCGCCCCGGCCCCGGACCGGACCCGGACCGGACCGGACCGCGGGAGCGCAGCGCCGUAGCCCGUGCUGAGCGCGCGUGUCGGCGGGCCGUGGGGCCUCCCCGGGCGGCAGCGCCAUGGGGCCGCGGGGCCGGGGCCUGCCGUGGGCCCUGGUGCUGCUGGCCUUGCGCGGAGCGGCCGGCGUCCCCCCCAGCUUUGUCCUCUUGCUGGCGGACGACUUGGGCUUCGGGGACCUGGGGAGCUACGGGCACCCUUCUUCUGCCACGCCCAGCCUGGACAGGAUGGCUUCCCGAGGGCUGCGGUUCACCAACUUCUACAGCAGCUGCCCGGUGUGCAGCCCGUCCCGGGCAGCCCUGCUGACAGGCCGGUUCCAGAUGCGCUCUGGGGUUUACCCGGGUGUGUUCAACCCAGACUCGCGGGGAGGCCUGCCGCUCUCUGAGGUCACCAUUGCAGAGGUGCUGAAGGCUGAGGGCUACGCCACGGCCAUGGUUGGCAAGUGGCACCUUGGCCUGGGGAUUAAUGGCUCCUUCCUGCCCAUCCACCAGGGCUUUGACCACUUCUUGGGGGUGCCCUACUCCCAUGACCAGGGCCCCUGCCAGAAUCUCACCUGCUUCCCGCCUGACAUCAAGUGUUUUGGGACUUGUGACCAAGGCUUAGUGCCAGUCCCGCUGCUCUGGAACCAGAGCAUCGUGCAGCAGCCGGUCUCUUUCCCUGAUCUGGUGCCACUCUACAACAAAUUCUCCUGGGACUUCAUUGCUGACUGUGCCCGACGAGGCCUCCCGUUCCUGCUCUACUAUGCGUCCCACCAUACCCACUACCCCCAAUUUGCAAGCCAGGGGUACGUGGGGCAGUCACGGCGUGGGCCGUUUGGUGAUGCACUCUUGGAGUUUGAUGGCUCGGUGGGACAGCUGCUGCAGGCGCUGGAGGAAAAUGGUGUUGCGAACACAACCUUGGUGUUUUUCACCUCUGACAACGGCCCUUCCACCAUGCGGAUGGCACGUGGAGGCAGCUCUGGCCUUCUGAAGUGUGGGAAGGGCACAACAUACGAAGGUGGCAUGCGGGAACCAGCGGUGGCUUAUUGGCCAGGCCGUAUCACUCCAGGAGUGACGCAUGAGCUGGCAAGCACCCUGGACAUCCUGCCAACACUGACUAACCUGGCUGGAGCAGCUCUUCCCAGAGUUGGCCUGGAUGGCUAUGACCUGAGUCCAGUGCUGUUUGGGUCGGGGAAGAGUCCCCGUCGGACGAUGUUCUUCUACCCACCGUCCCCCGACCCACUGCACGGCCCCUUCGCUGUCAGGCUUGGGAAGUACAAGGCCCAUUACUUCACACAAGGUUCCUUUCACAGUGAUACGACCCCAGACCAGGCCUGCCACGGGCUGACCCCACUGACCCCUCACUUGCCCCCGCUGCUCUUUGAUCUGGAGUCAGACCCGGCCGAGAACUAUGAUCUGCUGCAAAGCGGCGCAGGGCCGGAGAUUCUGCAAGUCCUGAGGGAGAUCGAACUGCAGAAAGUGCUUUUUGAACAGCGCAUGGAGUUUGGGGAAAGCCAGAUCAGGAAGGGCAGGGAUCCUGCCCUGCAGCCCUGCUGUGUACCAGACUGUACUCCUAAGCCUUCCUGCUGCCGCUGCUCCUAGCCUCUUGCUGCUCCAUCCCCUUCAGUUGCUCCACACUGGAACCCUAUCCCAAACUCACCAGACACCCCCUGCCCCCAACUAACCAAGCUCAGCCUUAGAGCUACCCUGCAGCUUGGGCUCAGUGACACCUCUGACUGAUGGAGCACUGGGGAGGCAAACUGUGGGUUGGGGAGAUUACGGACCCUGCCAGGAGUGCAGGUCAGUGGACCCUGUGCUCCGUGCAGGACAUUCAAGCUGAGGCCUCUUGAGAGAAACCCUGACUUGUUCAGGGAAGGACCAUGAUACGGCAUCGCCUCCAGAGCCAGAACAGCUCCUUUCAAACCAUGAUCGAGAUGAAGCAAAGGGCAUGCCCCAGUGUCCAGAGGUCCCCCCUCAGCUGGAGGCAUGCUGUGCACCCCUGGGUGGGAACAGAGCUGGGACCUGGAGCACCAUCACUUGCCAGGGGCCAAGAGCACAGCGAGAGGAGGAUGGGAUGGAUGGUCCUGGCAGCUUCAGAGGCAGGACCUUGUGCAGCUAGUGCAGAGUGGACAUGCCUAGGUGGGAAGCAGCUCUGGGUAUGCAUGCUCAAGCACCUCCAAGUGCUUCACGAUGCCAGGAGGUGGAGAUGUGGCCGGUGGUUGGCAGGCCUAGGCCUCUUGUAAGGUCUAUGGAAGCUGGGGCUGAUCAGUCAGGUGGGCUGCAACCACGUGCCAUCCACAUGGCUGAAAGGGUCUCGCUCCUCUUACUCGUGAGCUAGUCCAGCUUCCAGUUCACUAGUGAACUGCACACGCACACAGUGCUCCCACCCCAAGGUGGCCCUGGACACUCGGUGUCUCCAGCUGCUGGGUCCCUAGGACCUGUGUUCCCUCCUGCCGUUGCUAGCAGCCAGGCCUCUGGACCCACUCCCCCACCGGGUACAGAGCAGGGCCACACAGAAAAGGGUUUGGAAUCGCUCUCAAAAAGAAGGUAGGACGUACUCUGGUGACUAGGUGCAGGGCUCGGUCAAACAAGCAAACCAGCCAGCAGUUUGCUUCUGUGUGACUAGCUCCUUGAUCCCCCCUCUCUCCACUUUCCGUGCCUGGACAUCCCCCUCAUCCUCCUUGACUCCCCCUUUCUCCGCCCUUGUCUCCUCCCAGUCAAGGGACCCACCCCCGGUUUAUUUUUUCCCCCUUGCUCCCAGGCUUGCUACAUCUGUGGGCAGAUUUGGUGUUUCGGGUGCUAGGUCACCUUGGACUUCCAUGGCAUUACCGAUGCGGUUUCCUGGGGACUGCUGUCCCUGCCAGAUUCCUCUCCCCAAAAUGACCCCAACUCUUCCCUCAAUUAUCUGUGAAGUGUGGCCACCUCUCACAUCAGUCCCCCUUAACCACCUGCAAAAUCUGGUACUGGAAUAGCAGAGUAUCCACAGAAGACAAGUUUUCUUCUCUAAGGCCUUCUGUCUGCUCUAAGCAGAUACAGGGCACUACCCUGAGGUCAAUUUUCAAAAAACAAAGCGGGCUUGAGUCCAGUUUGUUUGGGGCCCCGUUCUGGUGCAUGUGAAGCCACGCUAUGCCUCGAGUGCCUUGAGAGCAGCUAUUCCACUUUCGGACAGAGCCUGCCCUGUCAUCCUAGGGCCCAGGCUGGCACUCAGUUGUGUGCCUUAUGUCUAUCCACACAAGCCAGGAUGGCAGCAGGACGCUCCUGCACCUUUCACGAGCUCUGAGGCUGCCAUUCUCCAAGCCACUGCUCUCUACCCUCCGGGGACCUAGUCCCGCUCAGCAAAUGCAACGCACGUGGCUGGCUCCUGCUUGUCUCCCAUGACUGCCCUGCACUCCAGUGUGUGAGCAAAGCAGCACCAUAUGGCUGUAGAAGGCAGACUGAUGAGAUAAGACUGAUACAGGAUUUACCAAAGUCAUGAAGAAUGGCAUGUGUGGCUGAGAGCAGGAGCAUCCUUCUCUGUCUAGAGCUUCGGAUUGCAUGUCUUUGGCCACGGAGACCAGGUGCCACCACUGCCCUUGUCAGUGUUGGCCCAGAACAGCAAUGUAACUGCUAGACAGCAAGGACAUGAAGCCUGCCAGAGGGUGUUGCUGUGGCUGACACAGUCAGCGUGGACUGUGCUGCAUCUGCGUUUCACCGUGCUUUGUGCAGGAAGGUUGACACUGCUUGGGUAUGCUUGGCUUAUUUGGCUUGCACAUCACUGCUUGCCUGCCGCGGCUGUAACCAGAUUGGCUCUUCAACACCCAAAGACGUGCAUGCUGCCUGGUGUA